AUGGAGAAGCCAACACCACGCAUUAAUUCUGCUUUGAGAGAAAAAUAUGUUGGAAGAGUUGUUCGAUUGAUAGGGAAGCUUGUUUCUCUUUCUGGAAAUACCGCAGUAAUAGAAUCGUCAGAUCACGGACAGGUGCUUGUUGCUUUGAAUGGUGAUAGCACUUGGGGAACUGACUAUGUCGAGGUCAUUGGCCAUGUUGAACCUGACUUUACUAUAAAGGAAUUCAAAACGCAAAACUUGGGCAACUCAUUCAGUAAGUUAUUUGUAAGCAGCCUUUCAGAGAAAAAACUUUUGCACUCUAACUAA